AAAACAAUUCUAUCGUUUUAUUCAAUUAUUAAAUUAAUUACAUACCUCAAAGUGUAAAUAAUAAUUUGAUGACCAAAUUUAACCUAGCAAAUUACAUAGGUACGUAUGUACCUAUGGAAAAUAUUAUUUUAUUUUGUGACAACCAUAUUAAUAAUUAUUUUCUGUUGUCAAAUGUCACAAGUAUUAGAGUUAUGUCAUGUCAGGAAUCUAAACCCAGCUGAUCAAUGUUUAUUUUGAUUGAAAAGCAAAUAAACAAUUUUAAUUUAUAAUUAGCCAAAUUAAUCAAACAUGCUUUUGAGGUGACAUCAGAAAGCAUGAUUUUAAAGGCACAAAGGAGCUGGUUAUCUUCACCUCUCGGAUUUAAUCUCUUACUAGCAUUGUGUGGAGAUAAAGGACCAAUUAUUCAUAAGUAUACCCAAGUCUAUUCGAAAGUGAAAAGCAACAAAUCAAUAAGCAUACAAAACAAGAUUAUCUUUUCAAAGAAAAAUAAAGAAAAUACCCAAAAAUAUUAUGAUAGUGGUAUACAUAUAGAUGCAUUUAUAGACUUUGAUGAAAGUAAUGAUUUGAGAAAUGUUAUUUUAUCUUGGGCAAAAUAUUAUGAAGAGGUGUUACAAAAUAUUGAUAAAUACCUGACUCCAGAAACUUGUGCUAUUUUUCUAAACACAUGUACGAUUAAGCAAAAAUGGAAAGACCCAAUAGACGGCAAGACUCCAAUGAUGAAGGUCUACAACUCAUUCAACUACACACAAGAUGUGAAAUAUGAAGCCAGGCUUCUAGAACUACCAUUACAAGACGACCUGAAACUCGUGGUGACUGUGCCCAAUGAGCAGGACACACUAUCCACCUUGGUGACCACGCUAACUGAAGAGGGUAUGGAAGCUGCAGUUCACAGCAUACAGCCGUUGUUCACGUCGUCUGUGGUGCUGGUCGCGCCGCAGAUUAAGUUUGAUUCUAAAGUGACAACACUAUUGAGGUCCAAAACAGUAAUUCAAUAUGGUGGAAUUGAUAUUAACGAAAAUGGACUUUCAGCUGAAGUGCUCACAUGCUUAUUUACGCAUAACGAAGAAAAUUCAUCGGAAUUCAAAGAAAAACUAUCUCCGCCAUCUUUCUUUUUUGCCAUAAUUCUCAAAGAUUCUCCGAUAUUUACAGGAAACUUCAUACCAACUUCGUAUUAGGCCACAGAAAAAAAGCCUAGGUUUUAUUUAUACUAAGUAUUUUUUAUACAUGAUAACUAUUUUGUUGAAACUCAAACUUUGAGACAUAAACGUCCAUAUCACAUUCAUCUCUUUCUCUCUUAUCUAAGUAUAGAAGCGUUUCCGGUUUCUUCCGCAGACGUUAAGCGUCGGAGCCUAGUCUAACACUCACCAUCACUACCAAUUGACUUACGCUGUUUUAUAUAAAUAUAAAGGAUGGCUCCUGGUGGCGGCAAGUGAUCCUCAGUGUCUAAUGAUGUGGGCACUGACACAAAGUAUUAAGUCUAAUUUAAUUAUUAGUUACGUACUAACACCGAUGUAGAUUUUAUGUUAUUUCUUAUUAUGUAUUGUGGGUCAUUGAGCUGCUUUGAAUAAAGAUUUUAUCGUUGUAAAUAAUAAAAUUGGGUUUGAAAU